GGGAAGGCGGCGGGGAGGCGCGGCCGCCAUCUUGUCCGUCGGCGGAGCCAGGCGAGGGGCCCGCAGCGUGGCGCCGCCCGACACCGCGCUGCUCCCGCCGCAGCCGCCGCCGCAGCCAGGACCGCUGGCUCCCGCCCGGGGGCGGCGGCGGACGGGGGAGGGGAAGAGCUCGGUGCGGACGGGGGCCCCCCACGGGCCCGGCGGCGGCGGCCCCUCCUCCCGCCGCUCCUCGCGUCCCUCCCCGCGGGUUUGUGGCGCUGCGCCGGAGGAGGAUGAACGGAGGAUAAAUGGUGCCCAAGGCGGACAGCGGCACCUUCCUCCUCCUCUUCCUCCUGGUGCUGAGCAUCACCGAGCCGCUGCGGCCAGAGCUCCGCUGCAUCCCAGGGCAGUUUGCGUGUCGGAGUGGUACCAUCCAGUGCAUCCCUUCAAAUUGGCAGUGUGAUGGGUGGCCCACCUGCGAGGAUGAGAGUGAUGAAGUUGACUGUCCAGGCUUGACAGGGGACCAGCGAACUUACCAUGGGAAGGAGAAUGUGGACUCCAGGCACAGUCGAGGGAGAGGAGGAGAGACAACCCGCUUUCACACUGUCAAUGUGGCACAGCCUGUCCGAUUUAGCAGUUUCCUAGGAAAGUGCCCAACAGGAUGGCACCACUAUGAGGGCACAGCCAGCUGUUAUAGAGUCUAUUUAAAUGGGGAGAACUACUGGGACGCUGUGCAGACAUGUCAGCGGGUGAAUGGAUCCCUCGCCACCUUCACUGCAGACCAGGAGCUGAGGUUUAUCUUGGCACAGGAGUGGGACUUGGAAGAAAAAACAUUUGUAAGGAAGGACCAGCGUAGGUUCUGGGUUGGCUAUCAGUAUGUCAUCACCAAUCGAAAUCACUCUCUGGAAGGUCACUGGGAAGUAGCUUAUAAAGGCUCUUCAGAAGUAUUUUUACCCCCUGACCCUAUCUUUGGUACGGCUAUGUCUGAAAAUGAAAACGUUCUUUGUGCCCAGCUUCAGUGUUUCCAUUUUCCUACCCUUCGGCACCAUGGUUUACACAGCUGGUAUGCUGAAAACUGCUAUGAGAAAUCUUCAUUCCUCUGCAAAAGGAGCCAGACUUGCGUUGAUAUCAAAGACAACAUUGUUGAUGAAGGCUACUAUUUCACUCCAAAAGGGAAUGAUCCCUGUUUGAGCUGCACGUGUCACAACGGUGAACCUGAAAUGUGUGUGGCUGCUUUGUGUGAACGGCCCCAGGGGUGUCAGCAGUACCGCAAAGACCCUAAGGAAUGCUGCAAAUUUACAUGUUUAGACACAGAUGGCAACAGUUUGUUUGACUCAAUGGCUGGUGGAAUGCGACUGAUCGUUAGCUGCAUUUCCUCCUUCCUCAUCCUCUCUCUGCUGCUUUUCAUGGUCCACCGGCUACGCCAGAGGCGGAGAGAGCGCAUAGAGUCUUUGAUUGGAGCAAAUUUGCACCAUUUUAACUUGGGCCGCAGGAUGCCUGGUUUUGAUUACGGUCCUGAUGGUUUUGGAACUGGCCUUACUCCACUGCAUCUUUCAGAUGAUGGGGAAGGUGGGGCAUUUCAUUUCCAUGAUCCGCCUCCACCCUAUACUGCUUACAAGUAUCCAGAUAUUCAACAUCCAGAUGACCCACCUCCUCCUUAUGAGGCUUCUGUCAACCCAGACAGCAUCCUUUGUUCUACUCCAGAUGGAGUUCUUUCUCAGACUGUGCAAAGCAGUCCUCCGUCACUAGGAAACUGUGAUGUAUCGCCACAGCUUACAGAGGGGUCUCUUCCUCCCUCAGUUGGUCCUUCUCCAGUGGAGCUGGAAGACUCUGCUGACAGCAGCACCUUUCUUGUCCCUCCUGACACGCCGCUAAAUGAAAACACACCGGCAGAAACUCUCACGGGCAGCCGUCACAGCCACUGUUCUGUCAAUACCAUUGUAUAAAGGAGUAAAAAGCUGACUGCCGGUCAGAAAUAGUUUUAGCAACUGUUUGCACAGACAAACACUAAUACGUGGUUUGAACUUCAGAAGGAAUCUCCAAUUUGGUUUUUGAACACUGCUUUUAUGUUCUAGAUUAGGAUUGUGCCUCUCGUUUUUUGGCUGUUGUUAUUCAUUCACUAAUCAGUUUGUCAUGUAAAUAUGGAUUGUAUAACUGCUCUUUUUUUUCCAUUGGCCAUGGAAAAGAGUGCAGAGAAUUUCUUUGACUUCUAAGGAGGUAAAAAGUAUGGGUAGGUUGGAUGGGUUUUUGUUGUUUUGGGGUUUUGGGGUUGGGUUUUUGUUUUGUUUUGGGGUUUUUUGUUUGUUUUUGUUUUCCUAACCGGAGAGGAAACAAAAUCUAUAUCAGAAAAAAAGCUGCUUGAAUUUGGCUGGGUGCCACUGGACCCAGGGAACAGAUGAUGGAGAAGGAGGGUGGGGGCAGUCACCAUUCAAUCAGUUGCUUUCUCUCUUGCUUCAGUGCUACACUUGGAAAAGGCAGAGAAGACAGAACUGCAGGGGAAGGGGCUGGGGGCCUGUUUUACAGAGCGGGAACACUGAGGAGCUAAAACACAUGCCACCAAGUAACACAGCAUAAAACAUUUGCAUGUUUUGAUCUGCCUUGCUGUUUCAGAACACCGUAGGGACUGGAGGGUGAAUGAUCUACACAGUAUGUGACAAGUGGGUACUAAGAAAACUAGGAUUUGCAAUUACAAUUAUUUGUUGUUGGUAGCUGCAAAAUCUCAUAUUGUCAGGUAAACUUCUGGCCCGUAAAGAAAACUGGGUCUGUGUAAUGCUUGUGUCCCUUCGAUAGAAUCCUCAUGCUUGUUAGGUAGUACUUUAGGGAAGAGACAGGGAGCAGUUAACUUUGAUGCAGUCAGACUUCACCGUAUGAAGCCCUUGCUUGUUAUAAUCCCACAGGGAAGACUUGAGGUAUUUUUCUUUGUAGUUAACUCCUUUACAGUGAACAGUUGUACAAGACUGGCAGGAUAAAAGACCAUGCUUCUUGCUUUCCUUAUUGCAUGCUAUAUUCAGCAUGUAAGUGUGUUCCCUCCCCUCCACUUCACUUCUUCAUAGUUCUACAAAUACCAUUUAAAAACAGUGAUCAACACGCACUAUACAUGAUGUUUCAUUCAAAUUGGUCACCCUUUCCUUAUUGGAGUCGAUAAAUUGCCAAAUCUAUUCUAGGGAUUUCCCCCGAGCCCCCCAAACCAUUUAUCCAGGUCCCACAGGUUAUAAUGAGGUUAGCGUACUUAAAUCAACAAAGCCGUUCGCUUCAGUCUGAUACGUCAUCUUAAACUUCCCCCUCAGACUGAACUCUCUAAUUUACAGAUGGCAAAAAGAUUCAUCCUCUCCCCCACUAAACCCAAGUCAAGCACUGUUGGUUUUGAUGAGUGCAAAAUAAUCUCUACAAGUGAUUUUAAAAUUUAAGUUUGGAUUUCAGUGUACAAAUUAACCCUUUCCCCCAACCUCCUCUUGCCUCUGCUUCUCCUUGACUUACUGUAUCAGUCAGCAGACGAGAUGAAUUAUGAGGAAUUUGUAAAGAAUGCCCCUAGUGAGUGUUCUCUUACCUUAUGAAGGGUACGAGCCCAGAGGGACAGGGAGAAAGUACUGCACAGGGGGGUGUACGUGAUCUAUUUUUCUAGUAAUGAUGAGAAAUCAUCCUUGUAUGACAAAUCCUAACCCACUGUUGUGGUUUCCCAAUGCAGCUGACUCUUUCCCCAUUGAAUAUGCUGCUACUUUCUAUUCUGUCUUGCCUGUAGGCUUAUACUGUACGUGGGGAUUGGUCUUGACAAUUCAACUCCUUUUGCACAGAAAACCGUGAGUGUCGUUAUUGAGAUCGUGUCUGGUGUCCUGACACUCAGACACUCGCUAACAAUCUUGAAUCCACGGGAGAGCGUGAAUCACAGCCGUGGGGCGCGCUGCUGGCACGCGGGUGGGAGGCAGCUGGGUUAGGAGGCCUCUGCGCCUGGAGCCUGCCGCCGCCCGCGUCCUGCUCUCUGGUUUGACUGGCUCUAACAGCAGUGGUACAAAACGAGAGGAGCAGUUCCCCACCCUGUGGGGUGCCUUUCCGUCUCCUCCUCUGAGUUCAAGUCCUGGGCUAAUGAAGUGGGUGGAUAGCAGUAGUCAGAACCAUGCAUAAAAAUUAUCGAGCAUUUCUGAAGUGUGAAAAUAAAGCGGGUUUUGUGCAUUUUUGAGCACAUCCAUACGUUUUAUACAUUGUAUGUACUGAUUUUUCUUUAGUUUUAUAGGUACGAAUGCGUGUGCGCGUGUGAGUUUCUGGGUGGGGAGAUUAUAUAUAUACACAUACUGUAGAUGGUAACCUUUGUGCUGUGUCCAGCUAGGUGAAGCUAAGCACUGGGAUGUCAAGUAGGCUCUUAGGGUUAAUACUUCUCUCAAGCUGGCUACACUCUGUUGUAGGACAGGCUGUGAUAGUGUACACUCUUAAGUAGGAUGAAAAGUCUAUGCUACUACAAUCUGUUCCUGAAAAAUAUUUUGUUAGCAGUGCAAAAUAGAAAACUUCCAAUUUCUUUUGAAGCCAGAUGGAAUACUUGUUCUUUGUAGUAUCCUAGCACAAUAACAAAAGGCCUGUUGGCUUGGUUUAGUCUCUGAAGCUGUGUUUUGUGGAUGAGGUGAACGGAUACCUCGCACUUUUAACACUGCGGGAAUCUGUUUGAUUGUUUUACUUUUGGUUCUGUGGUGAAUUUUAUUUGAAAAUAAGCUCUGUUACAACUGGCAACUUCAUGAUGGCUCCUGGUUGUAGCUGUUCCAAAUGGAGGCUUCUUUGUAAAGCCUCGGUGUGAUAUUUUUCCCUAUUGCUUCUGAGCCUUUCCCACUUGUAUAUUGGCAUGGAGGCUGCUAUUUCUUCUUUUCCCCCCCCUGUCCUGCUUCAUCUUAACUGUAAACAAGGGAAUUUUUGCCUUCAACGGAGCAGCUCACAAAGUAGAGCUCAUUUACCUCUCUGUGAGCUGCUAAUUUGGCAAUAAAACUGUCAUUUUAUUUCCCUUUUUAAUGUAGCUUUCUCACGUUGAGUACUUUCUCUUGGAGUAAGAGCCUUUGUAGUAGAUGUCACAACUACUCAGACUUCUGGACCAACUGGGGAAAAGUUUUCUUGACAGCAGUUGACUCCUUAGCAAACCUUCCCUGCGCUUGGCAAGGUGACUGGUGAGCCGUUCGUCCUGAGCACCGAUUACAGAGGGUUGAUGCUUGCCUGGGGAAGACCUGUUUUGAUUGCCAUUAGAUUGAUGACAUCUUUGGGGUUUUGUGCAUUGAUUUCCACCACCCCCCCCCCGCUCACUUCUCUGUAUGAUUUUCUUAACUACAGUGCAUCCUUGACGCCCCUCCGGACCCAGCGGGGGAGAUGGCGUUACCACACCAUUCCCAGCAGCGCACGUGAGCAGCGUGCAUUGCUCUUGGGAUGUCCUUGACCUCAGUCGUGGUAGAGUCGCAGGGCUCGCACCUCCCGUUGUGGCCUCGCACAGGUUCCCCAUCCUUACGACGUACUGUGGUGCCAUAUUGAGGUCUCUGCCGCUCCUUCGAGAACGGCCCUGGAUACUUACUUCUGUCUGUGCUAUCAGUGAUAUCCGUACACAGUCUCACAGCAGCCUCUAAUUUUUCUACUAGGUGAGUUGUAGAGUGUUGUAAUGUUAGAAGCACAGUGGGCUUCGUUCUGUGCUAGAAGAUCAAAACUGUCUUUCAGAUGUAUAAAGAGCUUGUCUGCGUAAUGUUCAGUCUUGACUAGUUUUGAGCCUCAGACUAUUCCUUCCCCAUUCGUGGCAGGACACUGAUCUACAAGAAGAAUGAAGUAGGUGGAAGAUUCUUCCUGAAGGCUUAAUCUUAGAGUCAGUGGGUGUUCUGCCUCCACAGGUGUCACAGGGUGAUGGCCUGUUCAGAUGUCUCUUGAGUUUCACCUGGAAAGAAAAUGUUUUUUGUGACCAGUAAUUACUCUUCUUUUCCCAUCUAAUGUUAAAUGAAUUUGAAGCUGUUCUUAAAGGUGUUUUUAUCUUUCAAGUGUGGGUUUUCAGUGGCAAAGCACUGAGUUCUAAGUUGCCUCACACAACCCAAUAACGUGCGCCUUUUUUUUUUUUCCAGUUGCUGAAACGUCUUUUUUCCUCACUAGCUAAGGAACAUGCAACAUUCAAAAAUGUCUUUUAAAUUUCCCUUGCAAGCUGGGAGCUGGACCCUAAAAUUAAGAGCAGAUUAGUGUAGAGGAGGGAGAUCAAAUUCCAUACAGUUUGCUUCUGACGUCCCCCAGUUCCAAAUGAAGUACCUGUUUCUUUGGAAUAGAUGCUUUCGGUAGUAAAGAUCUGCUUCCCCUAACAACAGCCUGCAUUACCUGCCUGCUACGGUACGACAUAGCUUUAAUUUUCCAGUUUUGUGCACCUUGGACAUUGAGCGGGUUGGAGUGGAUGCCAGCGGAGAUGCUGCACUCGCAGGCUGCGUGCGUGGCCGUGCUGCGCCGUGCCCCGGCGGUCGGGCUGGCGGAUGCCUGGGAGGUUGCGAGAGAGACACACUGCUUUUUACCUUCUGGAAAAUAACAUUAGCCAGCGCUGCAUUUGCAGGCUUCUCCUGUGUAGUUGGUUUGUGACUGGACUUAACUGUGGCAGUGUAUAAAAGAUUUUGAUAUUCUGUGAAAUACCAUGUAGAAUUUAAAUUUGAUACUAUAAUAAUUCAGUCCCUGUGACACUGGUUUUUUGUUUUAACUCUUUCUUUGGGGUUGGCACUAAUCUUUCUUUUUCUCAAGAUGCUGUGAGAAACAUUUCAUCCAAAUGCCAAAUAAAUUGUGUUCUGUAAGAGAA